AUGGUGUUGCCUAAAGGCCAGGAUGACUGGUCCAAAGAAGAUAUUGUGAAGUUAUUGGAAUAUAUGGUGAACAACAUUCCAUCCAAUGACAGGAACAUGUUCAAAACAACCCAGUCACUGAUGGACUGGGAAAAAGUAGCUUUUAAAGAUUUUCCUGGGGAAAUGUGCAAACUCAAAUGGUUAGAAAUUUCUUAUAACUUGAGAAAGUUUCACUCUUUGAAAGAAUUAGUACUGGAAGCAAAGGAAAAAGUUAACAAUCCUUACAAAUGGAGAAAACACAAGAAGCAUCCUGAUUUACCCAAGAAGCCCUUGACAGCUUACCUCUGCUUUUUCAAAAAGAUGUGACUCCAGUACACCGAAAAACACCUUAAGCUGAGCAACAAGGAGCUGACCAAGGUUCUGUCUGAGGAGUACAAGAAGCUGCCAGAGCAGCUGAAGCUGAAAUAUAGUCAAGAUUUCUAGAAGGAGAAACAGAAGUUUAAGGAGAAAAUGACUCUGUUCAGAGAACAACACCCUGAUCUAGUCCAGAAAUCCACGAAAUCUGAUGUCCCCAAAGGAAGCCAAAUCAAAGUGCCAAAGAAGUUUCAGGGAAAUGUGAAACAAUUGGUCUCCUCCUCAAAACAGUUUAUUCAUGAAGAGCCCAGGAAGCCACCUAUGAAUGGCUAUCACAAUUUCCACCAGGAUUUGUGGUUGAGUAGAGAGCUGAAAGGGUUGCCCCGAGGGAGCACAUGGUAG